GCUCUUAUUCCAUUGGAAAAUCGUGGGCACGACGCUUUACGGCGCCAUUGUCGCUCAAGCCGGCGGUGGCGCGAAGAACGGGUGGCUCUCCAUCGCUUGGACCAAGAGUGCCGGCCGGAUGUUCCCUGCAGACGCGGUCGUGGGGAAUUUACCCUCGUCUACUGCUGUGAAGGCGUACGCAAUGACCAGUUACAGCACGUCUUCUGUUGUUCCAUCGUCCGCGUUCAAAGUGACAGCUACGUCCGUUACAAAUAGCGCCUCGGCUACAACUAUCAAAUUCACCCGGAGCGGCAAGACAGGCCUUUCGCCGAUCAACUAUGCUGGCAAGAACAACAUGAUAUGGGCCCACUCCUACUCAGGUUCCUCCAGGACACUUGGUGACCACGGUGGCAACUG